AUGGCAUCUAGUAACAAGAAGCAUAUCCGCGACAUCCACAAGCGCGUCGACGCGUUAGCCGCCUCACUCAAACGCGGCGCAGCAGAGGGCAGCAUGCUCGCGCCGGCGCAUCAAGAGGCCAUCAGCGCUCUCGCAGCCGACAUAACCGCAUUGAAAGACGAUCUCGAGAGCAUCGUCAACGAGCGCAAGAGCCGCUUCAGGCGCUACUUCAGCGCGAAGCGCCAUCGCGAAGAGCUGCAAGAUAUCGUGUGGCAGCUGGACAAUGCCCGUUCCAACUACACGACGGCGGUCGCGACGCUGAACGCGACGACGAACGCGCAGGUUCUGGCUCAUGUUCGAGGUAUGGCGUUCAUCAUGGGCGCGAGCCCGAUGCAUAUGCCUGGUACUCGCCCGAUGGACGCCGUGUCGUUUCCAUUCGCGUCUUCACGGUUCGAAGAGGUCUGA